GUAUUCAAACUGUCCGAUCUGUGUCUUUGCGCUAAACCCAUGUCUAGAUUCAACUGAGUCUGCGACAGUCUUGUUCGAAAUCUCGUUUGUUGUCUUUCUACUACUGCAGCCGCAGCCAUCCUAAAAAGUCUUUGAUGUAUUGGUUUAAUGAUAUUCGUGAAUUCGUAUGCUGUUCUUUCCCCUGUAGUGCCACUGUCACGUCACGUUAUUUCACCUCAUACGCUCGCCAGGUGUUUGCGUUAAUGCCGACUGAUCAUGCCUUUUUGUCCCUUCUCAGACACUCACUUAAUAUUUAUGAGUCACUUACGCGACGCGCGCCGACUCUUCACUUUCACAUACUAAAACUGUUUGAGCACGCGCCAGAUGACAUUUAACCCGGAAGUAUGAAUGUAGUUUAAUGUUAAAUUUUAACCAAUCAAAAACCGCUGUUUAUUUUCUUCGGAGUUGUCAGUCUUCGCUUCACUAGCCGAUUGCACGGGGCCGAACUUUUGUGUGGUGUGAAGUGAUGAUCUAGCUGUCAUGUAUCAGGAACAAGAUAUUGUGUGGGUGAAGAUUCCACGUUAUCCGUGGUGGCCUGCUGUGGUGGUGAAUGAGGAUGACUGUCCACUUGAAAACACUGGGAAACAGGUGCCCAUUGCCUAUGUCAAGUUUUUGGGUGAAGAUGAUCAGUUUGAAAUUGUGAAAAAUGAGAAGAAUUUGAAGGAUUUUAACUGUGCAGAAAAAGAGGGCUUGAUCACUAAAGGCAAAGCAUUAGACAAAGCAGGCGGAGACCAUGGCAUUGAGAUGCGUCUCAAGUUUGACAAGGCUCUGAAUCAAGUGGAUAGACUACUAGGAAAACAGCCGAGUCAUCCGGAUCUGAUAGUCCUGCCUGAGGUGAAAAAUAAUGUUGAGGAGGAGGAAGAUGAAGAAGAAGAAGAAGAAGCUGCGGCUGAUGGUCCAGACGGCAAAGGAAGAUCUAGAUCAGUAAGAGUGUCCAAACUGAACAAACAAAAGGCUGCCCAACAUCAACGAUCUCAGUCAUUGGCUGCUGCCAAAGAAAAACUUGUUGGUAAAAAACCCAAGAAGAGAACACCAAAGAAACCAAAACCUCUAGCUGAAAGUAUAGAGUUUGAAUAUGAUAAAACUAGAGCUAACCCUAAGAAAAGUACUUUUUCUGUCCACAGUCCUGACAUAAAAGGAUCACCAAGCUCUGAUUAUACCUGUCAUAAUUGUGACUUUACAGUUAAAAGUCAGAACUUGAUAAUCCAGCAUAUGAAAUAUUGCACAACACCAAAAAAUAAAGGAGCCGGUGGAGCUUCUUUUUCAGUGAAGCCUAGUCCUAGCCUGGCUAACAGAACUAAGAAUAAUACGCAGAAACAAACUCCACUUGCCUCCAGAGGCAGAAGAGUUGCAGGAAAGGUCUCGAAUUUAGACUCGUAUAUUGAGAAAAUUAAGGCGGCAAAGCUCCAGAAGAAAAAAGACUCUAAGAUGAGUCAGGCAGGCACAACAUCGGACCAAGCCACCAACGGGGAUGCAGAGAGCAGUCAGGACAGCACAAAUAUGGCAUCCACAAACAUGUCUUCCGUACCAGAGUCUGUCGCCAUUAAAAAAAAGUUGAAAUAUAACUGGAACAAUGUAGCAGGCGAAUCAGACACGCCUGAAAGUCAAACAGCUCUGGAUAAUGAUGAUGAACCGUCCACAGUGGACAGUCAAGAAAUGGAAACAGAUUCUUCUCCAGCACAAGGAAAAAAGAGGAAAACAUCAGAAAGCAGUGACCUAUCUAUUGGUGAAAGACCAGCUAAGUCAAGCCGGGAGAGUCCUACUAGAGAAUUAACCCCAGUCAAGGAGGAGAAUGACGAGCAAGAGAAGAGGGACCAGGAAGUAGCCAAGGAGGUGGAGCAGGUGCUUGAGAUGGACCCUAGUAAAGCCAUGGAUGACCUUGAUAGAGCCAUCAGCCUGGCGAAUGCCAUCUCCAGUGAGAUGCAGGCUCAAGAGAGCAAGAAGAGUUCGUUUGAUCCCAAUGUUGAUGCCUCUGAUUCUGAUAAUGAUGAAGAAUUACCUUCAGUUUUGUCUUCAAAGCUUGAAGAAACAUGCCCUUUUGAAGUUAAUGAUGUUGUUUGGGUGAAGGUCCGAAAUUAUCCAUUUUGGCCAUGUGUGAUCAAGAGGCUAUAUCCUAAUGAUCAGAAGAAGAAAAAAAGAGUAAAAAAAGUGUCCGUAUUUUUCAUUGGAGACAAAAAAAGUUUUGUAGUUUGUUACAAUCCCAAUAGGAUCAAGCCUUUCCACGGUCCUAGGCAUGAAGAGUAUAAGAUGCAAGGACUUCAGAGUGAUCAGAAAGAGGGGUUUGAGGAAGCUUUGACUGCAGCUGAGGACUUCAUCAGAAAGAGAGGACUGGGCCUGAUAGAGCCAGGGAUUGGAUACAGAUAUUUCUGUGACCCUGAUUAUGACUCUCCCGUGCAAGAGGAUGAACUCAGAGACAGCAGCCCAGAGAAAGAUAUGGUACCAGAAAGGACUGAAAGUGUUGCCAAAUCAACCGAUGAAGAAUCUGUUGAGACAGAAGAAGAGGAAACACCUGUUAGCCAACAAGAGAAGCAGGCUAUGGAUUCAGAGUUGAAGAGAAACGAGAAAAACUUAAAACUUAUAGAAUUCAUCAAAUCUGAUACCAUGAAAGAAUAUCUGACCAAAAUUUAUCAUGGAGAAAAGCAAUGUGAUAGACACGAACAGCACAAAAAAUGUGACAGUCAGAGACAGAAGAUGAAACGGCAAGGUACCGGACCAAUAACUGACGAGGAUCAGCUUGAAGAAAUCCACCACUGUUUGAGUUCUCUAUACAGAUCAGUUAGUGGUUCAGACAAACUGGAUGACUACUCUCUCAGUUAUGUCAUGGAUGUUUGGCUGGUAGAGGCCAUCAUCUAUGCUCUGAUCAAAGUGAAGGGUUACAACAGGGGCAGGGCGGAGGAGAUGUUUAAGAAGGGAGCGUGGAUCUACAAGGCAGAGAAGGUACUGGAACACAAGAUGAUGUUGGAAACUACACACAAGGAAGAAGAUGAGGAGGAGGAAGGUAAUACAGACUAGAUAUGGCUGUAUUUACCAGACUGAGUAUGGCAUAUAAGGAUGAGGGAGCCAAUACAGACUAGAUAUAGCUUUAUUUACCAGCAUGGUAUAUAAGAAUGAGGAGGAAGGUAAUACAGACUAGAUAUGGUUUUAUUUACUAGUUUUGUAUAUAAGUAGGAGAAGGGAGCCAAAACAGGCUAGUAAUGACUUUAUAAGAUCAAUAUGAUAUGUGUUACUGGAGAAAUCGGAGUGAAACUUGGGUGAAACUUGAUGUUUGCAUAGAUUUCACUUAGUAAAAGUCGGAAUAUGCAUUGCAGUCAGUGGCAACUCCGUUUUUAAGUUCGAAAAUUGCUUAUGAAAUGAAGCCCAUAACUUUAUGUGUGAAAUGAAAUGUGGGUUAUGCUUGAUUUAUGUAUAAUUUGUUAAUUAUAAUAUAAGUAGGGGAAGGAUGCAUUUUGGAUAGCAUAGUAAUUUUUUUGUUAAAAAAUGACAUGGUGCCUUAUGAUUCAGUAGUUAUAUAGAAGACGACAAGAAAUUACUGAGGAUAUCUUUACAAGCAAUAUUGUGCCACUGUGUUUGGAUAUAUAGAAAGGACAGCUUUAUAUGAGAGGUCUUUAGAAGACUAGUCAUUGAAUAUUGGUUUUUAUAUAGGUGUACAUAUAUCUUGUUGUAAAGCCACGUCUUUGUGAGGAACAGUGCAUUUAUACCAGUUGUUGUAAUGUGAUGACCUGAAUUUUUUUCCCACUUUUAAUCAGAGUUAAUGUUUUUAUUUGCAGGUGUAAUGUAGAGUUAAGCAUUGAAAUAUUGUGUAAAACACACUAAUUAUACAAUUUAUUUCAUGUGUUAAAUAAAACAGGAAUGUAUUUAUUCAAGUACUAGUAUAGGUCUAGUUAUAUAGAUCAUAAGUUAUUGUUUUUGAUGUUUAUGUGAAUAUCAAGACAUUUUGCAAGUUUUUAAAUUUCCUGCUACUUGUUACCAAUUUUUGAUAUUGCUGGGAAACAAAAACCAGUGUUAGUCCUUUGAUUUGGCAACCAGUGCUGCUAGAAAAAAAAUCAUUUUCAUUUUGUUCAUAGUUUAUCUGGCUUUCCUCUGUAAACUUGACUGUUUAAGUGGGGAGACUUUGUGGGGAGACUGUCUUAAAAAUAACAUUUAAAAAAGAAGUAAAUAAAUAAGAGCUGCACAAAUUUUGAUUUAUGGGAAUUUGAUUGGCAGAGCAAAUGGUUCUAAAACAAACUUUUUAUUGCAAGUGCUUCAUUCUUGAAGGAAUUAAAAAUUGGGAAAAAUAACAUAGUGCAUGUAAUUAUUUGUAUGUCUUAUUAUACAGGAUGCUGUUUAAAUAUUUAGUAAGAGCACCAGAUAUAUUUACCUUAAUAUAAAAUAAUAUUUUACCUAAAAGAAAUGAGCAUUAUUUGUAAAUAACUGUUGUUAUCCACUGUUUUCCCAGGUAAACUGUUAAACUAUUAAAUACCCAUGUAUAAGAGUCCAGAGCUGAUGCAGUGAAUUGGAAAUAACUGCAUAACUGCUACUGUGUUGAUGUGUCUCUGUUCACUCUUCGUUCCCACUUGAUAGCUUCUUGCAAAAUAAACAUCCAGAUAUUGGAAAUGAAACCAAAAAUGAAGUAUUUAUUUAGUUGUACAUGUUGCUAAUGUUGAUGAAGUGAAGAACAAAACCAUGAUAUAAAUAAGACUGUUGCUUGGUUGUUUGUGUUUAAAAUAGAAACUGACUAGCAUUAUAUUAAGAAAAUGUAUGUAGGAUAUUAAAAUUUUUCUCAUCUGUUGCACAUAGUAUCUUUAGAAAAAAAUUGUGUGUUGGAAUGAAUAAUUGCUGCAGAGUUCAUUCAGAAGAAUUAUUUCACUCAGUUAUUGUCAGAUUAUUGAUGACAUACUAAAUGCGUUGCCAAUGUGUAGAUAUUCCCCCAUCUAUUUCUUGUAUGUUAUCCCAUUUAUUGUGUAAAAGUUCUGUAAUAAAACAUUUUUGCUUGAAAAAUUUCUUUCAUAUACCUUAGUUGACAGACAAUAUUUAUGCAAAUAUGGUAAUGACUCC